AUGACGACGGCGCAUUCUCUAAGGAAAACACAUUCUCAGACUCCGGCACCGUCAGUUGAAACAGAAACGCUGCGCGUGAUCCUGCAAAAACUCAGUCAGCUCCGUGAAGAACGGAAAAUUGAGCAAGAACAAAUGCAGACGGAGUGUCGGAUGCGAGACGAGGCGCUGCAUCAUUGGGAAGAGAAAUUAAACCAGAUAAGUCGCUCUAAUAAUAUUUCAAAUUCCGCGAGUAAUCAUGAAAUUCCGAUACGUACUGAAUCACAUCGAGAAGUCGGGUUUUCCCCAGUUAGAUUGGCACGCUAUACCCUGGCCUUGAACGCGAUGUGCAUGGACCCGCGGCAGUUUCACGGCCACGAUCUGAUCGGCACGUUGCAGCAUCACGAGCCGCCGACCGAUUACGAAUUCACGUUGACUGCCCUUGCGGCAUGUAGCGCGCAAGCACAUGUUCGCAAACGGCAGAUGCGUCGUCUCUUGGACAUCGCAAGUGCUCCGCAGAACCAUAAUAUUGACACAAUAGCGAUGUUGAUCCUGGUGUUGCGGUGCAUCAGCCAGGACCACCGACAUCGCAACAUCCGUCACAUUAUUCGCAAGCCGUCGACAGUGUUGGCGCAGCAGCAAAGGCACGACGGCAGCUUCGGCGAUUUGCACACCACUGCGUUGGUGAUGCAGGCACUCGAGGAGGUAGAGAAUGAGCCGGCCGACAAUUGGAACAGAUCCGCAGCAUUAGCCUGGUUGAUCAGUCAGCAACGACCGGACGGUUCUUUUCACGGUGACGUCCGUGCCACUGCCGAGGCGAUAUUGAGCGUCACCCCACGUGGAUUAACCAGCAUCCGAACCCUCGAUUGCGGACAGGGUCUAUCGGACAAUUCGCCACCUCGUUUAACCACGAGCAACAACAUCGGGACGUCCGACAAUCACAGCGAGACCGCCCUACCGUCAGAAGCGUCGGAAAGUAACGUGAGCAACGCAGACACAACGGUCGCAUAUACUUCGGCGCCGGUGUUGGUGAAUGUAUCGUACACUUUAUGGGUCGGCAGCAACGUAAACGAGACAUACAACUUGACGGUGACCGCGCCCAAGAAUGAAACUUUUUACGGAGUGAUGUUGCUGGCGGCAGAAAUGUCGCCCCAUUUCGAGUUCCUCGCGUCCGAAUGGCCUAACGGUCAUUACGUUCACACACUAGCUGGCUACAAGGAGGAGCCAAUGUCCUAUCACUACUGGCUACUCUAUAGAUUGCCCUCGCCGCCGGAGCCGUCAUCGCCGCCUGGAAAUCAAUUGGUCGCGCCCGGAGGUGUCGACAAUUUGCAGAUUAGCGAAGGGGAGCAUUAUCUCUUUUGGUACAAGAAACUAUGAAGCGCGGCGAAAAGAAUAAACAGAGCAAAAUAAUAAAAACAAAGAAAAGGAGAUUAUAUACAUAAACGGAAGGAGGAAUACUUUGUAAGAGAAAAGUGAAAUUAUGUAUACAAAUAAGAGAGAGGGAGAACGAGCGAUCUCAAAGCUCUAGAGCGAGAUCCAGUAUUCACUGCCAUCGUUAAUUAUCGACACGUAAAGAAAAAAAUAAAUAGAAUAAAAAAGAAAAAUACGCGCGACGCUGUUAAUGCAAGGGAGAGGAAGCUUAAACGAAGAGAGAAAAACAUGAAUGUACACUUACACAUAUACAUACAUGCAUACAUACACAGUUGGCAGUGAUUUUUGAAACUCCGUUCUAGUGGCUGACACUUAAAGGACCCGGGUGAGAUGAGGUACGGAUCUCGCGCACGUGCGCGAUCGAUACGCCGGGUUCGAUAUCAACGUAUACAACAUAUACAACAUAGACAACUCCAUUUCUUAACACGUUGAACGCUAGUAACGAGAUGACUAGAUGACACAAAUGUGUAUCUAGAAUUUGGAUCUAGGAUAAACAUAUCCUCGGCACUUCUGCGUGUGUUAUCAAUAUGUAAAAACGAUUUUAUUGAUUUGCAACCAGCUGUAUUUAUAGAGCUGUAUUUGCAUUAGUAUUUAUAAGUAGCCGAUAAAUUUAUUAAAAAUAUUGUUACUGUUAUUGCACGUACGUAUACAUAGCCCUAGCCUUAGAGCUCAUAGAGUCAAAUCGAGAUCCGCGCGGCAUUCAACGUGUUUAUUAAAAUUAUAAUAAGCUACAUGAGACGUUUUCUAUGAAACCGCAAUAUGCACAAACAUACUUAUACUUAUCAUAAUUAAUUCGUACUCACAAUAAAACCGAAGUACUCGUAUUAACGAAUAUCCUCUGACAUUCCCGAUUCGGCUGCAACGUGUUGAUUUAGUAAAUUCAUUUGCGAUUAACGAAAAAGCAGCGAAUAAAUAAAUAAAUAAUUAAAUAGUGAAUACGAAUUAGUGAAUGAGAAAAUGAAUAUAAAAGAAAUCAUAUAAGAGUAAAAACCGCGAAUCUGAUCUCCUGCUGCAACGGGUUCGAAAAAAUAAAAGGAGAACACAUCGUGAAUGCCGUACUUCCAUUUGUACCUCUACGAUAUGUAUCCUUUAUCAAGCAGCUCGGAGUAUAAUGUACGAUUUCAUUUUUUCUUGAAAUCAAUAAAGGAAUGAAUAAAAUACAUUUGCAAACCUAAACAGUAUAUUUUAUUUUGUUUUCUUUUUUUAAUCUAUCUGAUAUGUUUCAUCAGUUUCUCGAACGUUUAUCAUUUGUAUAAAUAAUUUGUAUCAUUUUUCGAAUUUUGUGUGUCAAUAGAAGAUAUUUACAGAUCUAAAACAUUUUUUCUUUAACAGCAAAUUGCUUUUUUAACUAAUUACAAAUAUUGUCUAUAUAACAUUUUUGGACUAUAUGAAUACAACAUAUGAUUUCGUCUAAUCAGUGGAACAUCUUUUUGAUAUCUUUUUCGUUAUACGUUAUAUUUCUUCAUUUUUUAGUCCAUUAUUUUAUUUUCAUUUUCUAAAAAUCUCAUACAAUGAUUCAAAUUAUAUUAUAAUUAUAUAAAGUCGAGUUAUAUCAUCUAUAUAUAGCUACAUUAUAUUUCCAUCGAUGAAGCUUUCUUUAAUUUCUGUUCCAAUUGGGAAAUUCUUCUAAGAAACUUCGAUAUUAAAACGCUUUCGAUAUUGUACAAGAUUAGUAGAUUAUUUAUUUUGAAACAUUACGUACACAUGUGUGAUUAAUAGUAUUUCUAUCAUCUGGAUAAAAGUAUUUAAAUAAUUAUCUAGAUGAGAAUUGUUUUAUUGUAUUUUUAUGUAGAUUAUAUCGAAGUAUAUAUUAUUUUCCUCUGUAUCUUAAAUUAAAAAGGUAUUAUCUUUUUCAAAUUAUUUAAGAUUAUGUGUGAUAAGGAAUUUAAUAUAUAUCAAUGUAAGUAUAUAGAAUUUUAAAAUAUCCGCUUUUAUAUGAUCAGCAUCUUUUUAGUUGUGAGCAGCAAAUAUAUGUAUCAAAAAUCAAAUAACGCAUUCAAAAAGUUUUGUUCUUGGAAAAUAAGAAUUAAUAAAAAAAUAAAAGUAUGAGGUAUAAUGUUUUUAUAUUUUAAAUUGUUUUCCUAAAAAUGUUAUUGUCUUUUAUCUAGAUAACAUGCUUUAUAAUCUUAUUUCUCAUCUAGCUAAAUUUAAAACAAGAACAUUUUAUCUAAGAUAUAUUUAUGAGAUCAUCUUCUUCUAGGUGAUUUCUAAAUUAUUUAAGCGAAACACUGGCGACUAGUGAGAAAAAAGAUAAUACUGAUUGCAGAUCUGAUUUUAUUCGUAAUAUUGCAUAAUAUCGUUAUGUUCAUUUUUGUUCUUUAGGCAAUAAUUCAUCAGAACGACAAUAAAAUACUAAAGAUUUAUCGUCGUGAUUCACAGAUAUAUUGAUGAUUUCGAUAAACCGUCGAUUUGACAGUUUUAUCAUAGAUUUAAAAAACGUCUGCGUGAAUUCAUCUGUCGAUUUUUUAGAGGUAUCUGAUUGUGGCAAAUGCAUGUUGGACGAAUGCAGUCUAUUUAUAUCAAGAUUCUCUUUCAAGACAAACUCGACAUCUUGCUCUAUACUCGCCAAACAGGACGGUUCUAUCCAUAUAAUGUAUUCAUAAAUAAUAUAAUUAUAGUAUGUAAUUGUAUACAUAAAUAUAAAUUGUAAUAUAUAAUAGUAAUAUUAUAUAUGAAAUAAAUCUAUUUCUGGAUAUAUAUAAUUUAAUUGCAUAAGUAAUUGCGUAUUUAAACAUUUGCAAUUAUUUGUAUAUUAUCUAUGACAGAAAUUAUGUAAAUAUAUAAACGUAAAUUUCUCUCUCUCUCUUUCAGGGCUGUAAUUAAUGUAUACUACAUCUGUAUUACAAAUAUCUGAGGAAGUUAAUAAAUAAAUCAAUCA